AAGCGAGUCGCCCAUGCGACAUUCACUCAUCAUUCUAUAGUUAGCCGGUACAUACGUCGUACACAUUUUACUCCCGCUUUUAAUAAAAAAAUAAUAUAUUAAACAUGGAUUUCCUCAACAAGAAAUACAAGAUGGUCUCCUCCGAGAACUUCGAUGAGUUCAUGAAGGCUAUUGGUGUUGGCCUGAUCACCCGCAAGGCAGCCAACGCCGUGACGCCCACGGUGGAGCUGAAGAAGGAAGGAGACCAGUACAACCUGGUGACGUCAUCCACCUUCAAGACUACCGAGAUGAAGUUCAAGCCUGGUGAAGAGUUCGAUGAGGACCGCGCUGAUGGCGCCAAGGUCAAGUCGGUGUGCACGUUCGAGGGCAACGUGCUGAAGCAGGUCCAGAAGUCCCCGGACGGUGUGGAGGUGUCGUACGUGCGCGAGUUCGGGCCCGAGGAGCUGAAAGCUACGAUGACCGUUAAGGACGUGACCUGCACCCGGCUAUACAAGGUGCAGUAGGACGCGACAAGACUGCGGGGCGGAGCCCUAUCUCUUCCUAUGUUAUCCUUGCACAACUAUCCAUUAAAUUAUGUUUAUUUAGGUUUGUGAGGCGUUGGUGGAAGCAUUUUUAGAGGUUAUUUUAAGUUUUUACUUUUACAUAGUGUUGCCGUACUAUCGAUAGUUUGAUUGACUCGAUAAUAAAUCCUUAAAAUAGUGUCGAUACUCUCGACGUUAUUGGCAACUCUAUUUUUACAUCUUAAAAAAAGGUUUUGUAAGAUUUUGGUAGAUAGAUGUGAAUUAAAUUGUUAUUUUUGUUUGAAAGGAGCUUCUCUCUAAAAAUGUACCACCAAUUUAGUAAGAUAGGAAAUGUAUGACUUUGGUUUCUAAAUAACAUCACUCGAAAGUUUAUUUUUGUACGCAGUGUAUUUGCCAAAGUUAGGUUUAUAAAGGUUGAAAGUCUUCUAAAUGUACCGCUGUUGUAUAAGUUUUUCAGUGCAUAUUUAAAUAAAAUCGUUUUGUAUUUUA